UGUAUUGGUAGUAGACAAAAAAACUUAAGUAUCUAUCAAAUUGAAUGUGACCAAUCUGAGAUCUAUUCACUGGAUGUGUCGUAUUCCUUUGGUCCACUCCCCACUUGUUGAAAGGGUUUGUAGCCUCAGUAUAUAUGUAUGUGACCAAUCUGGGAUCUCUUCACCGGAUGUGUCAUAUUCCUUUGGUCCACUCCCCACUUAUUGUAUUUGUAGUCGACAAAAAGUUAAGUAUCUAUCAAAAUGAAUGUGACCAAUCUGGGAUCUCUUCACUGGCUGUGUCACAUUCCUUUGGUCCACUCCCCACUUGUUGAAAGGGUUUGUAGCCUCAGUAUAUGAUUGCUUGGAAUAUCCCAAAGGGCAACAUUGGAAAUGGUGAAGAUUGUAUUGCAGACAAAAGUUAGAAAUGUAUUUAGGCAAAGUGUUUUGAAAACCGGACCGGAUACCGAUUCGGUAUGACUACUGGUUGACUGGUUGGACCAGUUCAAUCGGUCGAACCGGAUUUUCUAUUUAAAAAAUAAAUAAAUAUAAUCAUAUAUUUCAUUAUAUGGACUUAAAAUGUAGUUCUCCAUAUGAUACGUUCUAUGUUCUCUUCUAUUAAUUAGGUAAUAAACAAUAACAAUAAAUUUAGUUAGAUUUAUAGUUAACAAGUGAAUAAUAUAUGAAAACUGAAAUUGAUAAAAAAUCAUAUGACCGACUGUUAAUUACAUAUUUAUUUAUUUUUACAAUUAUAAAUCUUAAAUUUUAUGAAUAUAACAAAAUGAGAAUAGAAUAUGAGAGUCAAAAAGAUAUUUUAAAAAAAAAUUCUUAAAAAAAAUAGAACUAAGAGGAAAACCAAUUAAGUAGUGAAAGUUAAACAUUGAUUAUGAAAUAUUAAUUUUUAAUAACAAUUGAAAAUACAUUAUUAUAUGUUGGUUUUUAGAACUAGAUCACCGGCUUUACCUAUUUUUAGUUGGUUUCACCGGUUUUUCUCAAAAUUCGGGGUUUAAACCGUACCAGACUCGGCGUCGAACCGGUUCGACCGGUCAGUCCGGUCCGGUUUUCAAAGCACUAUUAAUGGUUGGGUUCAAUGCAUAAUAAUAAUGGAGCUGCAGGGGAUCGAACCCCGUGCCUCUCACAUGCAAAGCGAGCACUCUACCAUUUGAGCUACAACCCAUUGUUGAUUUAAGAUUCUACCACCACUUCAAUUUGCAAUGACCUUGAUUAUCUGAUUCAUCAGAUGUAAGGAAAUCAUCUCAAUGACAAUGAUCUACUUUAUGGAUUUGUUUGUGCAGUUAAAAGCCAAUUCCAAUGCUAUAUAGGCUUCAAACAUAAAAUAAUCGAUAGGCCCUUCUAAACAAAUGGGCUUACAUUGAGAGAUUGGGUCUGGACUUGUAAUUUGUAUACAGAAAAGGCAAAAACAAACAAAAGUGGAAAUGCGGGGCAUCGAACCCCGUGCCUCUCGCAUGCAAAGCGAGCGCUCUACCAUUUGAGCUACAUCCCCAUCUUGCUUCUUUUAACCAUUGUAACAUUAUCAUUAUAAAAAUGCGUCGGUUCGAAUUAUUUUCCCAUACCUUUCUCUGUGGGUUUUGUUUUUUUGUUGUUGUUUGAUGCGUCAAAGGAGUUUCUCUGUUGUGAGUCAGAGAGGAGACAACAAACAAAAAUGGAUGAUUGCUGCGCCGUUUGCGCCGAGAAUCUAGAAUGGGUUGCUUACGGCUUCUGCGGCCACCGAGAGGUUUGCUCCACCUGCGUCGUUCGCCUCCGCUUCAUCCUCGGCGAUCGCCGCUGCUGCAUCUGCAAAACCGAUUGCCCCAUCGUCUUCGUCACAAAGGAGUUUGGUGAUGAUACAAAGACGAUUACUGACUUCUCGACGUUGCCAACAGAACCAAAGGAAGGUCGUGUAGGCUCCUUCUGGUACCAUGAAGAGACCAAAGUCUUCUUUGAUGACUUUAACCAGUACACAAGGAUUAAGUCAAUGUGCAGACUCUCCUGCACCUCUUGUGUCUCUAACCAUCGUAUGCGGUUUAAGAGCGUUGAGCACUUGAAGAAUCACUUGAACCAUCAGCAUAAGUUGCAUAUGUGCAGUUUAUGUCUUGUGGGUCGUAAGGUAUUCAUUUGUGAGCAGAAGCUGUUUACUAAGGAGCAGUUGAAUCAGCAUAUAAGUAGCGGUGACUCUGAAGUUGAUGGAAGUGAGAGUGAAAGAGGAGGCUUCACUGGUCAUCCUAUGUGCGAGUUCUGUAAGCGUCCGUUCUACGGUGGCAAUGAGCUUUACACUCAUAUGUCUAGAGAGCAUUACACCUGUCACAUUUGCCAAAGGUUGAGACCGGGUCAAUAUGAGUAUUAUGGAAACUAUGAUGAUCUGGAGGCUCACUUCCGCAGUGACCAUUUCUUAUGUGAAGACGAGUCUUGUCUUGCUAAGAAGUUCAUAGUUUUCCAAACUGAACCUGAGUUGAAAAGGCACAACACAGUUGAUCAUGGAGGUAGAAUGUCUCGGUCUCAGCAAAGUGCAUCGUUACAGAUUCAAGCGGGUUUUCAGGUCCAGAGUCGCCGUGGAAGGAGACGAUCAUCUCAAGCACCUUAUGCCAUUGACGACGGUUAUCCUCUUCUUCAAACUAUGAGGAGCCCUGGAGGAUCACGUCUGGGAGAAUCUUCUUUCCCUCCACUCUCUGUGCAAGCAAACCGAGGAGUGCAAACAAGAUUUGGACAGAACUCAGAGAGUAACAAUCUAAGACAUGAAGCAAAUAGAAGUGCAGCUGCUAGGUCUUCUCAAACCUGGCCAGCGUUAAUCCGAGGCCCAACUCAAGCAUCUGUUCCAAGCAGUAUACAAUCUUCUAGCGCUUCUGCUCAAUCUCAGUCUAGAACUCUUGCUUCUGCUCAAGCAUCAGUUGGUGGAUGUUCAUCUGGUUCUUCACUGAAUCCCUGCAAUGCAAAGAGGAAUCAUCACACAUCUUCAACUGCUAAAACGUCUGAUACAAGAUCACUAGAGCAGCCUUCUCAUCCUGGUUCUCCUCCAGAUUCUGCUGUGAAGUCUGAUAACAAGAGUUUGGUUGAUAAAAUACGCUCCAGCCUCGGUCACGAUGAAGAGUUAUUCAAGGCCUUCAAAGAUACAUCAGGAAAGUAUCGUCAUGGUUCGAUAGAUGCUAGAACUUACUUAGAGUAUGUGAAAGGGUAUGGGUUGUCUCACUUAGUUCUCGAUAUGGCUAGACUCUGCCCUGACCCUAAGAGACAGAAGGAGCUCAUUGAUACCUAUAAUGCUUGCUUGAAGAGCAGUUCACAGACAAAAGAGAGUUGCGGUUUGAAGAAAAACAAAGGGAAAGCUGUGAAAGUUGAAAGUAGCAGUGACUCCAUGGGGUUUAAGUUGCAGUUCUCUGACAAAUCUCAGGAUGAAGACAAGGUGAAGGUACAGAAAGACAAAGGCAAAGCAGUUGUGGACACUUCAUCUGGUGGUGGAGUGGGAUUAGGCGGCAACACAGGGAAGCAAUUUAAGAAAACUCCAAAGUUUCUUAGAGCACGUCUUGGCGAGAAAUCCAUGGCUGCAAACCUUAGGAGUUCUUCUAACUCAACAGAGCCUGAAGGAGAAUCCAAGAAUGAUGACUCCAAAAGUAGCCAGAGCUCUCCCGGUGGGUUGCAACUUCGUGGUGCUUGGCGGAGAGGAAGUGCAAAACUCUUCUCCUAGUUAAAUAAAAAAGAAUCUGUGUUCUCUUUUGCUUCCUUAGGAAAAUAGACAGUGAUAUGACUGAUUUUGCACAACAGAUGAACCAAGUCUAGAUCAUCGAAUAGUCAUAUAAGCUUGCAUGUGUGUUUGUUUGGGUCUUUUUGAUGUAGUGACAGAGCUUAUGUUGAAGUAUAUGGACUAACAACAUCGAAUGUUAGCAAAUGCAAAGGAAUCCAUUUUGUC